AUGUUGCGACGUACCGCCACGACGCUUCGUUAUCGCACGGCCUGGCGAGAGUUGCUGCACCCGCUUCCAGUGCGGGCGCGAAGGGCGGAAUGGAUGAAGCGUGACACGGUUGAGCAGAACGAGGCAUUGCUGCGGCGGCCGUAUUACACGCUCAAGUCCUACGUGCUUCCGCCAGUGGUGGGGAAGCAACCUACCACAGACACGCGACGCCCCGGCGUCUACUCCUCCUCUUCGGAUAGCGUGCAGGAUGUGUUGUGUCAACCGCGGCGUGCAACAUCACCGGAGCGACUACAGGAAUUGAGGGAACAGCUGCAGUUCCCAGGCACAGUUGGACCCAUGCCGGAGAUCAUGUCUGCAACGGGACGACCGGCGGAAAGUUACACGGAGGCGUACGGGGCGAGACUGCGUCCACGCUACCCAGAGAGUUGGGAAACCGUGCCGCCGCAUCAACCUUCACGAGGCAUGUUGUGA